UGAGCAGCCAUACCCAGGAAGGUCUGUAUGCAUGAGUAUUGGAUGAAACUCAGCCACAGCUCUCCCAGCUUCGGACCAGGGAAGGACACGAACGAUGACCUUAGGAACCUGUCCCUCUCUGGCCAUGUGGGCUUUGACAGCCUCCCUGAUCAGCUGGUCAACAAGUCCACGUCACAGGGCUUCUGCUUCAACAUCCUCUGUGUGGGAGAAACUGGCAUUGGCAAGUCAACCUUGAUGGACACCCUCUUCAACACCAAGUUUGAAAGUGACCCCGCGACGCACAACGAGCCUGGCGUGAGGUUGAAAGCCAGGAGUUACGAGCUGCAGGAGAGCAACGUCCGCCUGAAGCUGACCAUCGUCGACACUGUUGGCUUUGGUGAUCAAAUUAACAAAGAUGACAGCUACAAGCCCAUCGUGGAAUACAUCGAUGCCCAGUUUGAAGCCUACUUGCAAGAAGAGCUGAAGAUCAAACGGUCCCUGUUCAACUACCAUGACACCAGAAUUCAUGCCUGCCUGUAUUUCAUUGCCCCAACCGGACACUCGCUGAAGUCCCUGGACUUGGUGACCAUGAAGAAGCUCGACAGCAAGGUGAACAUCAUCCCCAUCAUUGCCAAGGCUGACACCAUUGCAAAAAACGAGUUGCACAAGUUCAAGAGUAAAAUCAUGAGCGAGCUGGUCAGCAACGGCGUCCAGAUCUACCAGUUCCCAACGGAUGAGGAGACAGUGGCGGAGAUAAAUGCCACGAUGAGUGUCCACCUUCCUUUUGCUGUGGUUGGCAGCACUGAAGAAGUGAAGAUUGGCAAUAAGAUGGCAAAAGCCAGGCAGUACCCCUGGGGUGUUGUGCAGGUUGAAAAUGAAAAUCACUGUGACUUUGUGAAGCUGCGGGAGAUGCUGAUCCGAGUGAACAUGGAAGACUUGAGGGAGCAGACACACACCCGACACUACGAGCUGUACAGGCGCUGCAAGCUUGAGGAGAUGGGGUUCAAGGACACGGAUCCAGACAGCAAGCCUUUCAGUCUCCAAGAGACUUACGAGGCAAAGAGGAACGAAUUCCUGGGUGAACUCCAGAAGAAGGAGGAUGAAAUGAGGCAGAUGUUCGUCAUGCGGGUGAAGGAGAAAGAGGCAGAGCUGAAGGAAGCAGAGAAAGAUCUUCAUGAAAAGUUUGACCAUCUAAAGAGGACUCACCAAGAAGAGAAGAAAAAAGUGGAAGACAAAAAGAAGGAACUUGAGGAAGAGCUGAACAACUUUCAAAAGAAGAAGGCAGCAGCUCAGCUAUUACAGUCACAGGCUCAGCAGGCAGGUUCUCAACAAACCAAGAAAGACAAGGACAAGAAAAACUUCUUCUUUAUGUAACCGUCACCUUGCCAAAGCCCCCACACCCUCUCUCCCAGUGGGAGCACUGGAAGAGCCUGCAGCCCCUGGGCAGAAGAGCCAUCUCAUUCCUCCAUCACAUCUGCCCUUCUGCUCCUUCCCCUUUUGUAUUUCUCCCGUGCAUCUGAGGCUGAGCUGUGCUCUGUGUCUCUGUGGGACCUUCUCUGCUCCCGGCGUGUCUCCGACAGAAUUGAGGCUACCAAAAAUGACAGAGGUAACUGCUGGAGGUGACAGUUUGGCCACAGUAUGGAACACUGCACUGAAUUAGGGGGUUUAGUUUAGUUUUGUUUCGUUGGUUUUUUUUUUUUGUCCCUCCCCAUUUUCCUUCCGUUUGCCAUCAUCUGCAUGUCUUGCUGGUGACAGAUAGAAUGGCAGACUGUGGAUGAGUGUGAGUAGCCAGAGGACUUCAUUGCUGCCUCUAAAACUUAAGCCUGGCUGCUUUGGACACCACAACUUCAUCACAAGUACCUGCUGUGCUGAAAAGGAGCCCUGAGACUAAGGGGACUCCUUGUUUUCAGCCUAUGCAGUUGGGUGAAGCAGAGGUGGCUGAUGUUCCACCCUGCUGCACUGCUGGCCAGUCAAGGCCUUUUUCUUUUCUGGCUGAUUUGCCUUUGAAUGAGCAAAGUGGGAAUCUCUUGUACAGCUGAACUGCCCUGACUUCUACUGAGAUCAAGGGCUUCUUAUUCUUUCCAUUAAGCCUAUAAUUAGAUUAUUUUUCAAACAGUCUUGAAUGUGGAGUAGUUGUUUAGAACUUGUUUGCUUUGGAAGUGGAUUCAGUCAAAGCUUGAAGUGCCAAAGUAUGUUUGAAGGUAAAAAAAAAUACCCCAACUUGUUGUAGUCUUGGUGUGUAGUGACCUCUAGCUGGUCUGGGGUGGCUGGAAGGAGACAACCUGAUCCUCUCAGGAUGUUUUUCAUGUGGAGUGAUGCACUUUUUAUUUCAACCGAAUACUAGUGAUUUAUUCUUCUCUGCAAACCUUGGCCAAGGAAUUCACCUCCUUUCACCUGCUGUGGAAAGGUAUUAAGUCAUCUAGGGUUUGGCUCUUCCAGUCUGGGUGUAGAGUGCAAGCUGCCAAGGAGCUCUGCUGAAAUCUGCUGGAUUUUUCUUCAGAAGCACAAUAUUUUUCAGCACUCUACAGCACUAGAAGCUUUCUCAAGCCAGGUCACUUUUUUUUUUUUUUUUUUUUUUUUUUUAAAGCAGCAGAAAACGUGUUUAUCCUGGAAACGUUUGCAACCCAAAUAAGUGAUUUUAUAGAUAGACUCAUACAGGUUAUUAAAUAUGGACUUUGAGUGUAUGCUGGAACCACUUAUCUGGUACCUAAAUGGAGUUGCUGCCUGUUGCUCAAACUGAAGGGAUGGUAAUAUUUGCACAGAUGUAGCUUAGGACAGAAUUUGCAUUAAUACCAAAAAUGAAGCCUGCUCUCUAGGCUUCAGUGGGCCCAGGUGAUGCCUGCCAAGGGUCUGCUUGCCAGCCACAAGAAAGCCACAUCUAGGAAGCUUUUCACAUUCACCCUUCUGAGGACAAAACAAAUCAGCUCAUGCCUCAGGGGUUGAAGCCUUAUGGGUGUUGCUGGCAUAAACCUCCCCUGCUUUAACUCAUCUGCACAGCUCUGGGUGCUUUGCUGACUGGGCAGAGGUUGCACCACUUGCAGGGGGGAGUCCUCUUUGUUCUGGCAGGGCAUAGGCAGCAGUGCACUGGCUGCACUGGGCCACCCAGCGGGUUGAGCCACAUGUUCUUCUAAAUCAGUCAUUGACUUUGCAGCUGGGGCUGCAGUGGGAUUGGAGCCUGCUGGUCCCUUGAGUCACCGUGAGUGGGGAGUGUCCCCUCCAGCCUGGGGUUCUCUGCACGUGAAGGCAGUCACUGUUCACUGAGAAAAUGUCUUGCCUAUUAAAAUGCCUGGGGUACCAGUGCUGUGCCUUCCCCCUCCCCAGUGUUGGUGUCUGGGCCAGUCUGUGGUGUCAGGGACCACCACCUCAGGUCUGGGGGGCUCAUCUCUGCAGCUCCCUCCAUAGUAGCCUCCAACUUGCCCAAAUACCCUACUGGUUACUUGUCUAGCCCACCUACUGGGUGGCUCCUGCAGCAUGUUUCUCUCCUUUAUGCUUUUUAUUCCUUAAGAAUUGUAGUACGGGUGUAUCUGGUGGUAGGAGGAGGCAAGCCUGUAAAAUCCCACCAGUGGGCUGCAGUCUCUCUUGAAAGAGCCACUUCUUUACUUCAGUACAGAUCCUGCUGGGCUCUACCUUCCCUCAUGCUGCUAAUGAGAGUGGCUUAGGACCCAGGCCCAGUCAUGGGUGGUUGGGCAUCACUGACUGCAAGUAAGAAGGAAAAAAGCACCUAGGUGGUGGUGUCUUUUUUGAUCCUGAACCUUGAGGCUAUCAAGGGCUACUUACCAUCAUCUUACCUGUGUAGCUGUGCCCAGUGACUCCCUGAAAUCUUGUGUGGCAAUAGGAAAUCAGGACCAAAUCUGCAGGUUUGCAACACUGAAGAAGUAUCUUGCUGGCCCCUUAUCUGCCAGCUCAGCCCUGGGCUUUUCAAGGAGCUCUCUGCCUUGAGGGCAUUUCUUCUGCCUUUUGCAAGUGCUGGGCUGUACCAGAGGAGGUUGUUCAUCAGCUGGAGGAACUUGGGGCUAGGUGACCCCUACUGUGUCAAGCAGGUUUGAAGUCUUGGUUGACUUCUAAACUCCAAAUAGAAUUUUUUGAAAAGCUUUGUAUGAAGAGAGAAGCAGGUAGGCACAAACCAAGUGCCAGCACUUACAUGGACUGCCUUUAUUUUGCAGCUCUAGAGUUUUGCUGGUGUCUUGAGUUCUGCAUGCAGCUCUGGACUUCAUGUCUCCAGAAGGACAUGGUGGAGUUAGAGAAGGGCAGUAAUGAUAAAUGGGGUGGAGCAGCAGCUGCCAGGUGAGAGCAGAAGGGCUUGGUGACCUCAGUUUGGAGAGGGAAAGGCUGGGAAUGAGAGGGAGGAGCAGCCCUACUGUGAGCUGGAGAUUGCAGCAGAUGUCCUCUAGAGGUCCCUUCCAGUCUACAUUUAUUUGUGGUUGUUACAGAGUCCCCUAAGGCUGGUGGUGGUGGAUGCCAACCUGCUAGUUACCAGAAUUGACACGACUAGGACCAGAGAGGCACUCAGCUAGAAGGAAAUCAGCUCGAAACAUGGAAUAACUUUCUUACAGAGCUGGUAGUAAACUUCUGGAAUCUGUUGCCUCAGGUUGUUGAGGCAGAUGACAUCAGCAGAAGGUUUUGGGGUUUGUCUUUUUUUGGUUGUAAAAGGUAAAUGAAUGGGGAACAGAGCCAUAAGGGAUAUGAAGGAGGUGGGGGAACAGAAUCACAGCAUGUCAGGGGUUGGAAGGGACCUCGGAAGAUCAUUGAGUCCAACCCCCCUGCCAGAGCAGGACCAAAACAAACCAGGGCAGAUCACUCAGGCAUCCAGACAGGUCUUGAAAGUCUCCAGAGAAGGAGACUCCACAACCUCUCUGGGCAGCCUGUCCCAGGGCUCUGUCAACCUUACAGCAAAGAAGUUCUUCCUCAUGUUCAGGUGGAACUUCCUGGGCUCCAGUUUGACUCCAUUGCCCCCCAUCCUAUCAUAGGACACAAGUGACAAGAGCUUGUCCCUGCCUUCUUGCUGCCCUCAUGUAUUUAUAAACAUUAAUUAGAUCGCCCCUCAGUCUUCUCCUCUCUAGACUCAACAGCCCCAGGUCUCUGAGCCUUUCCUCUUAAGGCAGGUGUUCCAGUCCCUUCAUCACCCUUGUAGCCUCUGUUGGACUCUCUCCAGUAGAUCCCUGUCCCUCUGGAACUGGGGAGCCCAGAACUGGGCACAACACUCCCAAGUGAGGUCUCACCAGGGAUGAGCAGAGGGGGAUGAGAACCUCCCUCCAUCUGCUGCAGACACUCCUCUUAAUGCACCCCAAGAUACCAUUGGCCUUCUUGGCCACAAGGGCACUUUGUUGUCCCAGGGAUAACUUGUCUCCCAGGACUCCAAGGUCCUUCUCCACAGAGCUGCUCUCCAGCAGAAUCAACUGACAUCCAUGAUGGAUGGUGAUGGAUACUGGGGUGGAGGGGAGGGGAUCAGAGAGCACAGAGCACGAUGUGAGACAAGGGGCUGAGCUGAGGGAGCCUUGCUGCUGGGGCUUUCCCACCUGUGGGUGCUGGGAGGAAGGGAUUGGGAUCUGUCCUUUUGGCUCCCUCCCUAUCAGCAUGGGGAGGGGACAAGCAGCGUGAAACCUGUUGGUGGACACCCCAGAGAGAGUUAUUUGUCACUCUGUGUCACCAAAUGUCCCCAGCAGAGAUGAGAAAACACCUUCAUCCACAGGAGUCCCUGGGUGCACAAGCACAGGAGCUGGGUGAUGAGGUGUAUCAGCAUCUCUCUGGGGCAGUGCUGGGAAAGAAACUGCAGAGAGGUUCUUGCCAUCGUGUCUUCAACACCCUGCUGAGGUGUUGAGGGAAGAUGGGAGUGUUGCAGCAUGGAAAGGUGAGCUGGGUUGUUGCCAGAAGGUGUUUGAAACGAGUACUGUGCUCUGCUAACACAUGGCUGCUGUGCACCUGGGUGCUGCCUGGCUUUGAGGGCACCAUGUUUAGUGGCAAUGUGCUCUGUUUGCUGAAUGCAGUGGUUUUAUGCUCCUGAGGGAGGUGAGGCAGCUGGGAACAGACCCUGCCUUUCAAACUGCUUUCCA